AUGGCUGUUUUUCUGCUUCUGCUUGUUGCUUUCUCUCUUUCCUUUGCCAUUUAUCCCAUUCAAUCCACUUCAGCAUCUCAUGCAAAUGUUCACAUUGUGUACUUGGGCCACAACAAUGGCCUCAGUCCUUCUCUAACUUCACGGUUUCAUCUGCAACUUCUAUCAAGAGUUUUUGCAAAGCCAGAUGAAGCAAGAGAAGCUAUUCUGUACAGCUACAGCUCUGGAUUCUCUGGUUUUGCUGCAUUGCUUAAUUCAACGCAGGCUGCCACAUUGUCAGAAACAGAAGAGGUCAUAUCAGUAUUCAGGAGUAGGAUGCUGCAGCUCCAUACAACGAGGAGCUGGGAUUUCAUGGGCCUCAACCUGCACAUGCCAAUGGAAAAAUCAUCCCAACUGCAUUUGAAAUUUGGAGACGAUGUAAUUGUUGGCAUCCUUGAUACAGGAGUGUGGCCUGAAUCCGAAAGCUUCAGGGAUGACCCCCACUUAGGCCCCAUUCCAUCGUCAUGGCGCGGCACGUGCGUGGGAGGCGACCAGUUCGAUCCGGCCACGGCAUGCAACCGCAGGCUCAUCGGCGCGCGCUACUACCUCUCCGGCUUCGAGCACGAGCUCGGCCCGCUGAACACCAGCGGCGGCGCGGAGUACCGAUCACCUCGCGACCGCGUUGGCCACGGCACGCACACGGCGUCCACGGCCGUGGGCGCCGUGGCACCCAACGCCAGCUACUUCGGGCUGGCCCGCGGUGCCGCGCGCGGGGGCGCACCCAGGGCGCGGCUCGCGGUGUACAAGGUGUGUUGGUUCAGGGAUCUCACGGGCCGGUGCAGCGACGCCGACGUCCUGGCCGCAUUCGACGACGCGCUGCGCGACGGCGUGCACGUCCUGUCGGCGUCCCUCGGCUCGCCCCCGCCGCUCAUGCCGCUGUUCACGACGAGCACCGAGAUCGGGUCGUUCCACGCGAUGCAGCUAGGCGUCGUGACGGUGUUCUCGGCCGGGAACGACGGGCCGGACGCGGAGAUGGUGCAGAACGUGUCGCCGUGGGGGGUCACCGUCGCCGCCAGCACCAUCGACAGGAGGUUCCCAACGGUGAUCACUCUCGGGAACAAUGCCUCGAUCGUGGGACUGAGCUUCGGUGUGAAAGACAUGAAGAUGGAUUUGGUAGAGAGCAGUAGCGUCUUUACCGAUGGGACGUGCGCGUUCGAGCAGCUGAUUUACCGCACGGCCGCGUCAGGCAAAAUCGUGCUGUGCUUCGCCACCAUGGGAAUGGUGUCCAGCGAGGGCGCGGCACUGGCGGUGUACGCCGGCAAGGGCUCCGGCGUGAUCUUCGCCGACACCAUUACCCGGAAAUCGACCCAGGACAACUUCCUGCCCACCGUCCACGUCGACCUGCACCAGGGCACCCAGAUCCUCUACUAUAUCCGAUCAUCCAGCAAUCCGACGGUGCACAUCUCUCGGAGCAAAACCGUCGUCGGCAAGACUCCGGCGCCGGCUGUGGCAUACUUCUCUUCCAGAGGGCCGAGCUCCAUCUCUCCAAACAUCCUCAAGCCCGAUGUCACCGCCCCUGGAGUGAACAUACUGGCGGCAUGGCCGCCCAACUCGUCGCCCACGGUGCUUCCGCUGGACAAGCGCUCCACCGAGUGGAACUUCGACUCGGGCACGUCCAUGUCGUGCCCGCACGUCUCUGGCAUCGUCGCUGUCGUCAAGUCCGUGCAUCCGACCUGGUCGCCGGCAGCCGUCAAGUCCGCCCUCAUGACCACAGCGUACAUGUACGACGACACGUCCGACGUGAUGCUGGCCGGCGGGACGCUGAAGCCGGCGGACGCCUUCGACGUCGGCGCGGGGCACGUGGACCCACUGCGUGCGCUUGACCCGGGUCUAGUCUACGACGCGGGCGCGCGCGACCACGUGCUGUUCCUCUGCAGCCUCGGCUACACGGCGGAGCAGAUCCGGCAGAUGGUGCUGACCUACCCGGCGCUCGACACGAGCUGCGGCGACGCGGCGGCACGCGCCGAACUCAACUACCCAGCCGUCGUGCUCGCCGACCUGAACGCCACGGUGACCGUGAAGCGGACGGUGACCAACGUGGGCGCCAACCGGGACGCCGUGUACCGCGCCACCGUGGUGAGCCCGCAGGGCGCGCGCGCCGCGGUGUGGCCGCAGGCGCUGGCGUUCUCACCUUACCACGACAAGGCCUCCUACUACGUGACGGUCACGCCGGUGAAGCUGUCGCGCGGCCGGUUCGACUUCGGCGAGAUCGUGUGGUCCGACGGGUACCACCGCGUCCGCACGCCGCUGGUAGUCAGUGUGACCAACCUGCCGGACGACGGCGUCCAAGCCGUGGGUGACCAUGACCAUGGCGCCACGGAUUUACAGACUGCAUAGCUCCCGUUCUUGGCAGUGCACGGCCUCAGAACUCGUUCGAUUUCAGAUAUUUCGCUCGUGGGUUUGCGUGGAUUUCAUCAGUCUUUUGAGUCCAUUUCUUGGGAUCCACUAGCCGUAGUAGUGUGUGUCAUUGUUCAUGCUAGAAUUUGCCACAAAUUCCAGGAUGUUGCUGUCAGUUGACAGUAGCUUCUGCAGGGUCCGGUCAGAGCUA